AUGACCUCCCUCCCUCACUGUCUUCCCUCCAUUACCGGCCAGCGUCGUCGACCGGUCUUCCGGUUCAAACAACGGCCGUUUCGAUGCUCAGCAGCUGCUGAACGCCAGACGCUUUUUAACCGUAUUGCUCCUGUCUACGAUAAUUUGAAUGAUUUGUUUAGCUUGGGAAACCAUAGAAUAUGGAAAAGAAUGGCGGUUUCUUGGAGUGGGGCAAAAGAAGGAGAUAAUGUGUUGGAUUUAUGUUGUGGAAGUGGGGAUUUGGCUUUUCUCUUGUCUGAGAAAGUUGGACUCAAUGGCCAGGUGACAGCACUUGAUUUCUCGAAGGAGCAAUUACAAAUUGCUGCAUCUCGCCAGCAAAUGCGAUCAAAACCCUGUUACGAGAAUAUUAAGUGGGUUGAAGGAAAUGCAGUUGACUUACCAUUCUCUGACUCCUAUUUUGACGCCAUUACAAUUGGCUACGGGUUAAGAAAUGUGGUAGAUAGGCCGAAAGCGAUGGAGGAGAUGUGCAGAGUUCUAAAGAAAGGUUCAAAAGUAUCUGUUCUCGACUUUAACAAAAGCACUCAUCCAAUUGCCAUUUCAUUUCAGGAUUGGGUGAUUGAUAAUGUGAUAGUUCCUGUUGCAAGUGGGUAUGGCCUUGCAAGUGAGUAUGAAUACUUGAAGAACUCAAUCAAGGAAUAUCUGACAGGAGAUGAGUUGGAAAAGAUAGCUUUAGCAGCAGGAUUUUCCGCUGCCAAACAUUAUGAGUUUAGCGGAGGAUUCAUGGGAAAUUUAGUAGCCACCCGAUAA